UAUUUUUCCCUGCUGAUUUCUUUCUUGCAAUAAUACGUCGCUUUUUACCCUCGGCUUCCUCGGUUGUAUAUUAAAUGAGUAUAUAACCGCGCUGUUACUUGGCACUGAACACAGAUCGCCGACAAUCACGACUGGAGAAAUUAAAAAAAAAAAAAGAAUUUUCACUGGCGGGGGAGAGAGAGAGAAAAGAAAGAAAGAGAGAAGGAAAAAGUAAAGAAGAAGAGAAAGAGAGAGAGAAAAAAAAAAGCUGAGCUCGUGCUUAUACAGAAGCUGAUGCACAAAACAAAAAAAAAAGAAAAAAGAUCAAAAGAAAAAAAGUUUCUGCCAGCAAUCCAACACUUUUCUAGGAUAUAGUAAAUCUCAGUAGUAAACUAAGGAAAACAUAAGAUUCCGGGCAGAGGGCGAAAUAGUAACACCAGGUACCUGGUUUGGGACGUUGGCCUAUAUCAAACAGCACGCGCUUCCGAGGCCACAGCGUCGCAAUUACUCUACAAAUGCCAACGUACAAGCUUACCUAUUUUAAUGGCAAGGGACGUGCAGAACUUACUCGCCUACUGUUCACGGCAGCUGAUGUCGAAUUUACGGAUCAUCGUAUUGAUUAUUAUACAGAUUGGCCAGAAAUAAAGCCGCAUACCCCAAAUAAUCAAUUGCCAGUGUUGGAAAUCGAUGACAAACACCAGAUCCCACAGAGUUUAUCCAUUGCCCGAUAUAUUGCCAGAGAAUAUGGGUUGGCAGGAAACGGCAACCUCAACCAAGCGUAUGCUGAUUCUAUUGUGGAGACAUUCGACGACCUUCACGUAGAAUUUGGAAAAACUCUAAACGAGAAAGAUGAGAAAAAAAAGGCCGAGUUGACUUUGCGGUUCCGAAAAGAAACACUACCAAGAUAUUUAGGCAAUUUGGAAAAAGCUUUGAAACGAAAUAAUGAAGGAACAGGCUAUUUCGUUGGCGAUUCUUUAACAUGGGCAGAUUUGCAAGCUUUCCAUAUAUUAGAUAUAACUCUGGGCGAUGAUGAUGAGAUCCUGAAGCAGUACCCCAAGCUGGAAGGCUUGAGACAGCGGAUUGAAAACUUGCCGCGCAUUUCAAUUUACCUACAGACCCGCCCUCAGAGUAAAGUAUAGAUCCAGGAGGUGAAAUCUCUAAACAGAAUGGAACGACAAUUUAGAAAGAAAGAAAUUUUCCUUUCAUGAUUUUUUUUAAUUGCUCACUUACCAUGUCUUUUGUCCACCUCUCUCACCAUUUUAAUGAUAAUGUUCAUUAAUGACAGAUUAGCAUUAACACAUCAAUCUGUUUUACAUUAACCCUAACUCUAGUUUAAUGUAUAUUAUUAGGAAUUAAAUCUUAACAUCUCUUAAAUUAAACUUAAUUUAUUUUCAUUAUAGUCAAAACGCUUUUUUCCCCAGCCUUGUACUGUAAACUUUUGUGCUGAAAUUCUUGGCCUUUGUGUAAUACAAAACAAGCAUUUGUACUUGUGAUUAUGUACUUGAUGAGACAAUGUAAUCAAAUUUAAAUUUAAAACCUUAGCUACAGCGAUGUGCUGUAAACCUUUUUGGUAUCAUAUGUUAAAUAUCUCCCCCGCAUUUUGAAAUUUUCUCUAAUUCCAUAUUUCUAUCAAUUUUGCGUCUAAAACAAAAAAAUCUCUAACAUUGUAUGAAACAGUAAAUUAGCAUUUUCAUUAUUUAACAUCUUUCAAAUUGAUUUCCAGUAUCAUAGGCUAUUUUAAUAGGACCGUUAUUGGCAAAUCUAUAAUUAACUUACAUCGACCAUAUUGUUUUUAACAAACAGUAUAAGCACAACAAAUAUAAUCUCAAAACUAAUUUGGUGGGGUUUUCGCUAACUUUGUGAGAACGAUCUUUGCGUUAGUUUCCCAA